AUAAAAUCCAGUGCGAAAGCUAAGCUUGCUGAUAUGCGGAAAGACGUAAAUCAACGGGGGGUGUCACUCACUCGUCUGGAAGAGAGAUUGGUUGCCAUUUGUGGACUUAAUAACAUAGAUGGACAACAACAGCUAGGAGAAGGUGGCUUCUGCUACAGAAAGACAGUACAAGUGUGUGACCUAGGUAUCCCAGAAUCGUCGACCGUCAGAGGAUCAUCUGAAUUCGAAGAAGUGAACGAUGUGAACAUGUUUUUCUCAGACCGUGGCAUGGACUCAGAGGAAUAUUUGGACGGAACAGAAACUCACGACAUACACAACUCCACACUUUAUCGUUCCACAGUUCCGAAAAGCAAUGUGAGUGAUCUCGCCAUCGCAGAAUCGUCGACGCUCAGAAUCUCGCCCGAAUUGGAAGAAGUGAACGACGUGAACAUAAAUUUGUCAGAUCGAGUCAUGGAUACAGAUGAACAUUUGGAAGAAUCAGAAGCCAACAGCUUCCCAAUUUCACCUACUUAUUCGGUUAACGAUGAAAAUGACUUGCAACACGAAAACCUUUCCAUCUUUCCGAGAAGCGUAAGUUCAAAGAUUCUAUGUCCCAAAUAUACGACGUUUCACAUUAGACCCCUUUCCAAAUCCGUAAAACAGAAUUGACAUUUGGUACUAAGCAGUAAGAGGGGAACAAUUCAACCAAUAAAUAAAAUAAAAUUGUAUCACGUGUGUUUUCGUAGCAAUACGUGACAUUCUUUGGAGCCGUUAUAUUUUCUUUGCGUUUUUGUAAAUAGAAUUUUAGAUCAGAAUAAAAAGGUGGUAGGAAUUUGUAGUGUCGUACAGUUUCAAGUAAUGUUGCAGGUUGACAGUAUGUUGUUGACUAAAAAGGCUUAGGAAUCGUAAAAUAAUUUUUACAAAAAUGGAUUUGAGGAACUAGAAUGAGUGAUUUAGACCAUUGCGUGUUUUUCUGAUCAGUUUUAUUAACUCUGAUGAUUGCUGAGCACAAUUGUCUUCGAAGGAUUAAAUAUUACAAAUUCUUAUUAUUUCAGAGCUUCUCAACUCAUAUAGAAGAUCCACGGGAAACUGUCACAAGUGGCGCGUAUGAACGGAUUAUCAAUUCAAUUAUUGACACGACAUCCAUACCGUUACGUGGAUCGACCAUAACGGCUGUCACACUGGACGGGCGAAACUCUGGCAGACGCUCCUCUGCUACUAGAAAUGAAAAUUCUCGUAACCAACAAAGAUCUGCUGGUAACGAAAGUCCCUUGCAGCGUGGUCAAUUUGCCAGAAUUGAUUAUUCUCGUAGUCAGCCACGAUCUGCUGGCAAUGAAACUACCAUGCAGCGUGGUUUCACUGCAACCAUUGAUGAUUCUCGUAGUCAGCAAGGAUCUGCUGGUAACGAAAGCAGUUUGCAGCGUGGUCAAUUUGCCAGAAUUGAUUAUUCUCGUAGUCAGCCAGGAUCUGCUGGCAAUGAAACUACCAUGCAGCGUG